CCUCGCGGAAGCGGUAAACAUUGCGAAGAAGAAGACGCAGCACUUCCGCGUUGUCACAGUUUACCUCAAGUAGCUCAGCAGCGGUGCUUCCUGACACAAAAUGGCUAAACUUAAAGACAAAAGACGAGAGAAAACCAGCGUCGCCACUGAGAUUGAUCGAUUGGAGGAGAGGCGAACGCGUUGCCACGACAACCUGGAGAGGGCGGAGUUCAAGAGCAGGAAGGAGCAGCUCUCUGACAGGGAGAGACAGGAGCUGGAAGAUGAAAUGGGGCUCAUGAAUGAAAGGGUGCAGAAACUGGACAAGGAGCUGGAGACAUUACGAGGAGAGAAUCGGAAGAACAUGGUGCUGUCGGUCGCUCUGCUCGCCAUCAGUGCUCUAUUCUACUAUAUGUUUUUCUACAACGAAGAGGACUCGUGAUAUCAAACAGCUUCUCCGAGGGACCCACUGCUCUUUCUAGAGCAAUGAUGUGAAAAAAAGAGGGAAAAGUGCAUGGAUGCAUUACCUCAGUUCUGCCUGCAGGUGGCAUCAUUUAAUUGUCCCUUUUUUCAUCUGGACAUCAAACUGGUUUCAUCAUCAGGCCACAGGUUUCUCAGCAGGGACGCUGGGGAUGUUUAAACACUGAAUACUCAUCUGUGUGGAUUUCUCUGUCAGUGCAGCUGAAUAUGUUUCACAUCUCACUAUUUCUUUUCUUAAACUUUUGAAAUUACAACUAUUUUUCAAAUCUCAUUGCAAGCUGGAACCUGGUGGUACUUUAUUGGUAUUACUCAGUUUAUGUGAACAGAAAAUAAUGAAGAGGCUAUUUCUCUAUUUAUCUUGUAACAAAAUGAAUAGUUAAUCAACAUCAGACUUGCCCGUUCAUCAUCCGAUGAUAUCCCCAACCCAAACUUGAGGGGAACUAAAUAAGCAUUUUUGCUGUAUUUUAUAAAAUGUGUUUAUAACUGCCUUUUAAUGACAUAUAUAGAUAAUAGUGUAUGAGCCACAUGAUGCAGUGAUACAUGUCAGACAGUUCGAUGGAUGGAGAUGCUGCAAAUGUUUUUCUUUGUAAAUGUGAUCAGGUUGUUGGGGGAUUCACACAGGACCUGAAGAAUGUAUUGUUUUCAUGACACCCCAAUGCAAACCAUUCACAGAUAAGAAGAACUCAAAGAUGCCAAAGAUGUUUGUGAAUGUUGUUUCACCAGUUACUUGGUCAUGAAUACAUAUUAAACGCUUUACAUUCA